UCUUUUACAAAGAAUAAAGGGAUAUUAAUUAAACAAGGCAGAGUUCGAGUGUGCUCGAAAAACUCUUUAAAUUUCCAAUCCACCUGCUGAGCAGUUCGCGAGAGCCAAUAGAAAGCGCAAACGAGUCGCGACGAUGCAUAAAUUCGUGGUACGGAUUGGUCGGAGUGAGCCACGCACGCGCAUUGGCGCACGCGACCGUGACGUCACGGCGCUCCGUCCAAUGCAAGCGCAGUAUCUCAGUAAUAACCUUACGUGCGUGCCGUACGCCGAGGCGUGCUACUCGUAAUCGGGCGUACAAACGCGAAAGAAGUGGUCGAAUCUCGGGUCCGUGAGAGAUGUAUCCCGACAGGAACAUGCCAGUCGACAUUAUCGUACGAUAACCUUUUCCAUUCAUAAACAACACGCAUUAAUUAACCCGCAAAUGUAUUCGAUGAGCUGUCGUGCGAAGAAAAAGGCAGAUUGUACGCGACCCGCCGCCGUACCUGGCAGUCCACGCGGCCCGGCCCCAAAACACUUUCGCCUCGCUAUAUACACGAGAAAUCGCAUCGUGUUUCAUUCACAACGCGAGCGCCACUGGCAAUGUCGGGAAGUGACAGCCCAACAUUCUUUCACGGCCAGCCCUGGUCCAGCUGGAUCGAAAGAAUCGGACGAGACAAGCCGUUGAGCGAUGAAGAAUCAGAAGCUCAACUUUCCAGCUCGGUUACACGGCUUUCAUCAGAAGAUAUUGAUUUAUACGGAUUUUGUCCCGAAAGAGAUACCUUUUACACGGUAGUAUGUGAAACGUGCCAUGCUAUAGUCAAACCACAAGCUCUCAUUCAACAUAUGGAAAGUCGUCAUCCUACUGGCACGGUCAAUUUUCCGCCUCCUACCACUCCAGUCGUAAAACCUCCCGUGAAAACACCUUACUGUAAAGUGUCGAAGCUGAAAAAGACUCAAUCAUCACCGCAGAUCACCGCCGGCAGUAAAAUCAAUCACACAAGCGUGAAACGUAACGCCGAACAGCCGAGCAUCUCAACGAGUUUGUCCUCGUCGUCGAUACCGAUUUCCUCGUCGCCUCGAUCUCCUCUAGAAUCGAUACCGGUUCAGGCGUCCAAUUCUAGCGGAUCGGUUGUCGCCUCGAGUCCGGUGAAAAGUCCUGGUACGGCGUGUCCGCCUCGACGAAAGAGGUUGAAAACCGAUCGGUCGUUGCUCAAGGACCGCGAGUACGAUCCCGAUCGACAUUGCGGGGUGUGGAACGACGAGACCGGGAAACCUUGCACCAGGUCGCUCACGUGCAAAGCGCAUACGGUCUCGUUGCGUCGGACAGUCAUCGGUCGGAGCAAAACCUUCGACAAGCUCCUCGCGGAACACCGCGCCUCGAAAGAGGUGCCGAACCGGCCGACGAAGGUGACCGUAACCGGUACGGUCACUGUGUCCUCGACGACCUCCAGUUUGAAUCCCCUAACACCUACCACACCCACACUGACCGUCGAAACGGAAGCACCCAGUUCGCCACCCGUUUUAUCGCUGCCAGACACGUAUCCACUGCCAAAGGCAGUUGAUUCGCUUUAUCGGUCUCUGGCCCCGCAUGGCUCCACUAAACCUACCAAACUCGAGGAGGACUUCGCGAACGAGGAGUUAAGAAGUUUAGAGUCAUCGCUGGUGAACUCGACCGGUUCGUCGCAGUCGAGUUCUAUGAUGGCGCCGAUAUCCGUGGUGCUGCCCUCUCUGUCACCGUUGCCGGCGAACAACGAAGAGUCGUCUGUCGCCACGCUGAUACCGAGCACGGCCUCUCCGGCGAUAUCGGUACCUGCCACACUGCCAGCCACCUGUACGCAGCCAUCCUUGGUGACGACUGUCCUCGAGGCCGAGACGCCGAUCGACAUCGACCCUGAAGCAGCCAUGACCAUCUACUCGCCCGUUUACAAGGACAAGUCGCAGUUGGUGGUGCAAUUACCGCGUUCGAACAAUAUCGCGCAUUCCCCCAUAUCCAGGAGUUACCAACAGGUACAGGCCUCUAUGCCCAGCCUCAUAUUCGAGCCCAUGGAACAGCUGGAGCAGUUGGAGCAACUGGAACAGCAACACGCGACCCAGAUCAAUGGGAAGAGACUGAACCACGCCACCCACUCGAGUCCCGUGACGCAGCGACAGAAGAGGAGCAAGCACGACUUCCAACAGGACCUGCCUACGGCGAUACAGGUCGAGGCUACCACCACCUCCUCGCCGUAUCCACAUUUCGGCGACAUAUCCUGGUCGAACUGUCACCCGGAGCCACUGGCCGUCAGUCGGUGGCUUCGUAUUUCGUCCAGCCGUAAGCAGUAUAAUUUUAAUAUUCACUGACAUAAGACCCCACCCACUCCAGGCUGAGGACCGUGCGACACACGCGUUUGUCUACCUCCUCCGUUUUUCGAGAUCCGUUUUUUUUCAUGGUCGUCCUGUUAGGUCGCCGUCGAUAUGCUAGGUCUGAAGCCUGUCGAGAAGGGACAAGUCUUGAUGUUUGGUGACAUCGAUGUGAGCAUGCGCACGGUGAUAAAGCGCUAUGUCGUUACGUGGAAUUGAGAUGUGUCCUUUGCAUGCUUCUCUGCCGAACAACAUCCAAGGUUAGUUAUUUGUACCUUCUUCUUUCGGUUAUGGGUUUUACGGAGUCACGUGACGACGUUCGCUCGAGCGAUGUUUGUAACUUAGGUGCCUCGGGAUCGAGGAGUUAGGCAGGCUAAUGGAUUGGUCGAUUUAGGGGAUUCGGAUAUGUUCUGGUUUACUUUAUGUUGGGCAGAAAAUGGAGGGAUGUACGGGGUCGGAAGUAGUCGGGAUUCGGAACAAAAUCAAAUUUUCUAAAUUCUCAAAGCAGCUUAAAUUUCUAAAUCCAGAUUUGAUCGUUUUUCCGAACUUGCCCGAGAAGUUUGUGUACUCUUGGAACCUUAGUACAUCCUGGAGAAGAUGAUUUGUAGAAUUUGCAAAACAUUCCUCGAUUUCACAACGACCGUAAAUGACGCAUCCCCUGAAACGUCCAUCGAAUCCAUAAGAGCAGCAUCUUUGUAUCAACGAUGCUUCUGUUUCCGAUAAUUAUAUUUUUCACGACGAAAUGUCACAAAGAGUGAUGCGACAAUAGCAAUGCUAGCCCUUUUCAAGUAUUAUAUUGGCAGUAGUAGGUAGUUUAGGACACCGACUGAUGUACAAUUCCUUUCCACGAUGAAUUUUUUUUACCGAGAUCGAGGUUCGCGAUAUUUCCUCUGACGCGGACGCAGGUUCGUUGACAGGAAAGGAUGCGAUGUUUAUGUUCUGGACGAGUUUCUGUGGGUCGGAAGGAAGCAGGAACGAGACGGAGAAGCUACAUCGAAAUUGUCCCUGUGUACAAAUGGAUAAAGGGACUCGCACGCGAAAUGACCAGCCAACAAAUUACGUUGUACAUACAGAACGUUUAUCGUACGUUCAAGUAGAGUAGCUUGAUUAAAAAAAGGAAAAAAACGAAUACAUAAGUAGGUGACGGCGCGGGUGGAUGCGCCGUGAACGUUUUGUAAAUAUCGUACCAAGAGAUCAUUACACGUUGUCCUUUUUGUAAAUAUUAUAUCUGACAAAUGAGAAUAGUUUGGACGACACACGGAACGGCCGACGAGAAGGAUUUUUUGCGCGUAGAAACUUCGACUUAUUUUCCACGAUUCGAUCCGUGUACAAAUCAAAUGGUCUCUCAUCUUGUACAUAACAUAUACAUAUAUACAUAUAAUAUCAUAGUAUACAUACAUAUAUAUAUAUUUUUUUUAUCGAU